AGAAAAAGAAAAGGAAAAAAGAAAUAAGAGAGGAAGAUAUCUUCAACGUCUUCAACCAAUCAAUCAAGCACAAAUUCCCAUGAUUUCCUUAUCAGAUGUAUAUCAUGUGGUUUCUGCAACAGUUCCAUUGUAUUUUGCAAUGCUAUUGGCUUACAUCUCUAUGAAAUGGUGGAGGCUUUUCACACCAGAUCAAUGUGCAGGGAUAAACAAAUUUGUUGCUAAAUUUUCAAUCCCACUCUUAUCUUUCCAAGUUAUUUCUCAUAACAAUCCUUACCAAAUGAAUUUGAAACUCAUUUUAGCUGACUUUCUUCAGAAGCUAUUAGCCCUUCUAGCACUCACUGCUCUCACCAAAAUCAGCUCCAGAGGAAGAUUGAAUUGGAUAAUUACUGGGUUGUCUCUGUCAACAUUGCCCAACACUUUGAUUCUGGGAAUCCCACUUCUGAAAGCUAUGUAUGGAGCUGAAGCUGAGUCUCUACUUUCCCAGAUAAUUGUCUUGCAGAGCUUGGUUUGGUAUAAUUUGUUGUUGUUUCUCUUUGAGCUCAAUGCCACCUAUGCAGUUCCAAUCACCCCAUCUUCAGAAAUCACGGUGGACCAUGAGGACCCCCAAGAGGCAGAAGAAAAGGAGGAAGAAGAAGAAGAAGAAGAAGAAACACAAACCAGAACAACUAGGAGAGUAAAAACCAUGCUCAUUCUCUUGACAGUGGGGAGAAAGCUAGUGAGAAAUCCCAAUUUCCAUGCUACUCUAUUGGGUCUUAUUUGGGCAAGCAUACGCUUCAGGUGGGGAGUGAAAAUGCCAGAAAUUGUUGAUAGUUCUAUAAUGAUAUUGUCUAAUGGAGGGCUUGGCAUGGCAAUGUUCAGCUUAGGUCUGUUCAUGGCAUCUCGCGCCAGUAUAAUAGCCUGUGGCGUCCGAAUGGCAGUGCUGUCUAUGGCAAUGAAGUUCACUGCAGGACCUGCUCUAAUGGCAGUUGCUUCUCUAGCCACUACACUAAGAGGCACAGUCUUUAAAGUGGCAAUUGUCCAGGCAGCUCUACCACAAGGGAUUGUUCCAUUUGUGUUUGCUAAAGAAUAUAAUAUUCAUCCUGAUAUAUUAAGCACAGGGGUAAUUUUUGGUAUGCUUAUUGCAUUGCCAAUUGCAUUGGCUUACUACUCGCUUUUAGAAUUGUGAAAUCCUAUAUGGAAGAAAAAAAGGCCAUUUGAAGUCAGAAAAGAUUUCAAAGUAUUGAUGAAGAAGAAGAACUUUAAGAGUCGCAUUCAGUUUGGUGGAUUUUUAUCUAUUUCUCUUCCAAUUUUUGAACAGUUUGUUCAAAUUUCUUUGUCAAGUAUGGCAGAUUUUUUUUUUCUUAUUUCUCUUCUUCUCAUGAAAACGUAAAUGUAUUUAUCAGAAAAAUUAACAAGCUAAUACAAUAAUGAAA